AUGGCGGCAGCUCAGUCUCCUCGGCCCAUCGCUCUGAGAACUGACCUGGCGUCUGCGGCCCCCCGCUCGGCCGGCCCAGCCACUCUCCGGAUCCCAAGAUGUCCGCCCGCCCCCCUGCUCGCCUACGACGUUCAUCCGCUUCUCGAGAAGGGUGCAGUUUUUGAGAAAUUGAGGAUCUGUUCUUUACCCCAAUUUGUCMGUUUUGUGCACGAUCUGCAGCCACUGAAGAAGGAUCCGGAGGUCAYGGUCAAAGACCUCCGCUUUGGAACGAUCCCUGUGAAACUGUACCAGCCCAAGGCGCCCUCCUGCACCCCAAGGCCUGGUGUUGUCUUCUAUCAUGGCGGUGGAGUUGUCCUGGGGAGCUUGAAGACCCACCAUGGUGUGUGCUUGCAUUUGUCCAAGGACAGUGGCUCAGUGGUUGUGGCAGUUGGGUACCGCAAGUCACCCAAGUAUAAGUUUCCGGUGAUGGUCAGAGACUGCAUUGUGGCCACCAUCCACUUCCUGCAGUCCCUGGAUGCCUAUGGGGUGGACCCCGCUCGGGUUGUGGUSUGUGGUGACAGUGUGGGAGGGGGCGUGGCCACCAUCAUUUGUCAAACCUUGGCCAGCUGUCCGGGUCUCCCCCGGAUCCGCGCUCAAAUCAUGAUCUACGCGGCUCUCCAAGGCCUGGAUUUCCAGUCUCCUUCCUAUCAGCAGAACAAGAAUGUCCCUCUGCUCCCCUGGACAUUUGCCUUCUACUGUUUGUGCUGUUACCUGGAUAUCAACCCUUCCUGGCAAAGCACCAUAAAGAAAGGUGCCCAUUUGCCUCCAGAAGUCUGGGAGAAGUAUAAAAAGUGGUUGGACUCAGAAAACAUCCCAGAGAGGUUUAAGAAGAGAGGCUACCACCCCGUGGCCCCUGCGCCCUUGGACGAAGCUGCUUUCUUGGAGACAAACGUCCUUCUGCAUCCGUUGUGCUCACCCCUGAUCGCAGGAGAUGACGUGGUGUCUCAGCUCCCAGAGGCUUGCAUCGUGAGCUGCGAGUAUGAUCUUCUCCGGGACCACUCGCUCCUGUACAAGAAGAGGCUGGAAGACCUGGGGGUGCAGGUGACCUGGCACCACAUGGAGGAUGGUUUUCAUGGCGUGCUCAACACCCUUGACCUUGGCUGUUUGCACUUCCCAUGCUCUGCAAGAAUUCUCAAUGUGAUAACCCACUUCAUCAAGGGACUGUGA